UCUCUCUCUCUCUCUCUCUCUCUCUCUCUCUCUCUCUCUCUCUCUCUCUCUCUCUCUCUCUCUCUCUCUCUCUCUCUCUCUCUAUCGUUCGCAUACCUCUCAUGACAAAAAUAAAUCACCGAGACUGCAUGACUUCCAUGGGAUCUGGCGUCUGAUGAAAGAUCAAACCCUCCACAAAGCAGAUGCAACCCCUUUGCCACUGAUUCUCUGUCCUUUGGUACGUCCUCAGGGUAAUACUUUCCCGCCGGUGGAUGGUCACAUCUUUUCGUUUUUUUCCCACGCUGCGACAUCUCUCCUCCAAUUGAAUAUGUGUUUUGUAGUGUUCAUUAUAUUCAAAAACCUUUGUUUUAGCAAUGAUGACGAUAACUAUAAACAGUGACGCUUCCCCUAUUAGCAUCUGUUUUAGUCCAUUGAUAUAUAUAAAUUAGGUCAGUAACGCAGCCAAUAGCAUACAUAAGUUCCACCAUCCCUAUACUUAGGCCCUCACAAAACCACCAAAUGUACUGAUUACACGACCCACACCCCCAUAAUGAUUCCCCCUUACCGUGCCAUCCUAGGCUGCCCCAAUGACGACGACUUCAAGUGCGCCACCACUGACAUCUGUAUCCCCAAAUCGUGGCUUUGUGACGGCGCAGAUGACUGUCGAGACAAUAGUGACGAGACUGACUGUGACUUCCUUCAGUCAUCACCGACUGAUCAGCUGGAAACUCUUGCUCCUCUCGGGCAGUUCCCUUACCCUAGAGACGAAAGCAUUGACAGGGAAUAUUCACAGACGUCAAGCGAAGACCUGGCGAGCGCGAACAGAACAGAAUAUCAGGACGCUGCUGGCGGGUUCUCCCCCGAGGGCAUGGAAGUAAGCGAAGUGUUCGGUGGCAACGUUCUUCCUGGAGAACCUGCCCCGCUCCAGGAGGCGCUUGUUGGCACUCCGCCCUCCGAGGAAGGCAUCCCAACCCCUUUGACUUACGGAGAGGAUCUGCAGGUGUAUCCUGAAGAAGAUCCUCAGGAGUUCCCCGGUCAGUCACAGUACCCAGAGACCUAUGCGGACGAAGGAGUUCCACAGGACCCAGAACAGUUCCCUGCAGGAGCCCAGUACCCGGGUGGAGAGACGCAGUUCUCUGAUGCUGGUUUUCAGCAGUUUUCAGGAAACCAGUACCAACCCAUUGAGAAUUAUCAAGAACCCUCCGAGUACCAGUAUCAAUCCCAGGAAAGCUACCCGGGACUCACGGAAUACCAAUACCAAGACCAGGAAAAUCGCCAAGAACCGCCAGAAUACCAGUAUCAAUCUGAAGAAAACUAUGACGGUUCCUCAGAGUACCAGUACCAAGAUCCGUCAGGAAAUCUGUACCAGCCCCAGGAGAAUUACCAAGGUGUACAGGAAAAUGUUCACUCAGAAGGAAGCUUCCCUCAGUCAUCUGGCGAGUUCCCUCCGGAGGAAAUUCAGCCCCCGGUCGAUUUCCAGAAUGAGGAUUCCCUUCCCGUGCCUCCGCAGCCGCUGCCAGAACAGCCACAGGGAAAUAACGCGGAGCAAGGGUUCCAGAGUUCUCUAGGGGGACAACAGUCGCCCCCAGGAGAGUAUCAGCCAUUCGCAGAGAAGCCAGCUACAGGUAGUGAUUACCAAGAAUUUGAGGAGCAACCAGCACUAGAUGGCGACUUCCAACAAUUCCAAGAGCAACCCACACUAAAUGAUGGCUACCAACAGUAUCCAGAGCAGCCAAGACCGAAUGGCGACUUCCAACAAUUCCAGGAACAGCCAGCAUUAAACGGUGAUUUCCAACAAUUCCAAGAGCAACCCACAUCAAACGGUAACUACGAACAAUAUCCGGAACAGCCAGCACCAACUGGUGAAUUCCAACAAUUCCAGGAACAGUCAGUUGCUAGUGGUGACUUCCAGCAGUUCCAGGACCAACCAGCAACACCCGAUGGUUCCCAGCAGGUCCAAGACCAACUAACACCAGCUGAUGAUUUCCAGCCAUUCGGUGAGCAGCCGGCCACCGACUCUUCCCACAGCGAGCAGCCGCCUCAGCCAGAACUCGACACCCAGCAGGACCUCGGAUCCUUCCAGCCACAAGAGUCCGAAGCUCAAGUUGACGAGCAAGAAUCCUCUGAUCCUGAGAAUCUCCCUGAGGGAAACAUUGAGACGAAUGAAGACGUUGCUCCGCUGUCCGGAACACGAGCGCAGAGUGAGAAUGGAUUACUUGAAGAUGAACCGGAGCCAGUUCGUAGUAAAGACAAGUGGUACGAGGAUGCUGGAGAUUUAAGUGUACCAGAAGCGUUUGCGGGUGAAUCACGGAUCGAGGGGAAGGAAAGCGUCCCUGAGGAAAGUGAAAAUAGUCUGUCUUCCGACUCGUCCGCGACACAAACUGUAGAUGAGGAAGAGAAGCAGGAAAAUGAAUCUCCAUUUCUAAGCAGGCUUAGAGGAACCUCCCGCUUCCCCAAUCUUCGUCGUCCCUUCACACGGCGCCCCCAGAGACCCACACAAAGACCAAUCCAGGCUUUGACAACAACAAGAGCCCCGUCUUCUUCAGACACGACAGAAUCCUUCAGGUCACGGUUCCAGAAGUGGCGCAGCUCCCGCCUCCCCCCAGCACCCAGUUACGAGUCCCUUCGACUAAAUGCCUUGAGAGAACACGAGAACAGCCAACCAGAGCCCGUAGAGGAACCGGCCGAAGCUGCACCAGGACCGGCAGCCCCACACACGCCUACCAUCACCCGGCGUCCUCUGGGAAUCCGAACCUCGAGAAUCACCUCGCGUCUCAAUCCUUUCACCCACCAUGAGGAAUUACUCAAGGAGAAUGUUGAGUCCGAGGAACCUGGCCUUGUCAUUCCUGAAGAAGAAGAGCAAAUACCUGACAGCGAACUCGCACAAUCCACUACUUACAACGUGCAGGUCUCCCCCCCUGUGCUGCAGAGUACAUACGACAAUAGCCCCUAUAACCCCCAAGGGUACGACUCCCUGGCAAGACAAGGACAUACAUUCACCCAGACCCGAGACUCUCCUUACAACGCUAAUCAGAGGCUUCGAGAAUACAACCCAGAUGUUGCCAGACAUCGUUUGGACAAUCACUCACCUUAUCACUUGCCAUUUAAUCACAAUCAGUAUUCACAAGGUAACACGCAUAAAUAAACAAGUGUAAGCUUCGUGGUCUCGUCACAUCAAAUCACGUACGUAUGAAUUUUAUAUUUGUCUACAAAAUGUGGGAUUGGUUGAAUCUGACUGACUGCAUGCCUGAGCUCUUCUGUGCCUGUCCUAUUUGAAAUAAUAGACUCAGAAUUGAUUCAUCUGAACAGUUUGCCAUUAGUUAAUAGCAUGGAAAACGAUUACCAAGUUAAAAAUCACAACCACUUGCAUGUAAUUAGUACACAUAGUAAACGAUAAAGUUCCAACCUUACUGUCAAACACAUAAAGUCUAAAGCUUAUUCCCUUGUUAAAUAUAUAGCCAUUUUACAUGCAGUUGCUACAACCCCCAUCUUAGAAGCAUCCAUUUCAGAGAACUAAAAUUCAGAAACUUAGAGGCUCUAAACCUUUAAAAAAUUAACUUCUGACCCAAAUG